AUGCUUGUUCUUUUUGCAACUUUUGGAUUAUGCUGGUGGGCACACGCUCAUAUGGCUAUUACUGAAAUAGCAUUAGGACACCUUUCAUCAAAGAAAAUCAAUAAAUUGUAUGAACUUAUCAACAGAGAUGGACUUCCUUUUCAAUCUGUCGUCGAUAGCUCUGCAUGGCAAGAUGAUUUGAAGGAUACAUACAAAUUCCAUGCUAUAGGAGAUUGGCAUUUCUCUGAUAAUCCAAUCUACAUGAAUAAAACUAUUCCUGCAAUCAUUCCUAAUCCUUCCUACAAUGUUACCUCAUUCUUAUAUGAUGCAUUGGACACAUUAAAUGAUCCUACAACCACUAGUUUGUAG